AUGGACGUGGAUCAGCUGCUGCGGGAGUCGCAGCAAAAAGCAGAGGCCCUCAAGAAGCGUGUGCAGGUGCAGCGCACAGAGGAGUACUAUGUUGACGAAGGAAACAUGUUUGGUGCCGAUCCAAGGCCAGUCGACCUGCACAAAUUCAACUCCGAGGCUGGUCGUGAGGAGAUGAAGGAGACGGCGCGCGAGAACGUGCAGCUGCUCUUCAACGCCAUCUGGAAAUUGCCCAUGGAGAACGACGACGAAGGCCGCUUCGCCGUCCUGCCACCACCAAAGAUGAGGCUGCCGCGCCAGAAGCCUGCGCCAGAGCAGCGCGAGAAGACACGCUGGGAGAGAUUUGCAGAAUUGAAGGGCAUCAAGAAGACAAAGCGCAGCCGCAUGCUCUACGACGAAAUGUCUGGGGAGUGGCGCCCUCGCUGGGGAUACAAGCGCGCCAACGACGCAGCAGCUGUGCCCUGGAUCGAGGUCAAGGAAGGCUCUGACCCGUAUGAGGACCAGUAUGAGAAGCUGAAGAAAGACAAGAAGGCGCGGGUGGAGAAGAAUGAGCAGCAGCGCCUCAAGAACAUUGCUGCUGCGCGACUCAAGGCAAAGGGCAUCCCCGCAAACAGACACCUCAUCCAGAAGGAGCUGAAGAAAGCGAUUGCCAUUGGCCGCAGCUCGACCGCAUCGGCCGGCGUCUUCGACAAGGACCUCCCCGGAGAGGCCAAGAUCAAGAAGCAGGGCAAGCGCACCAAGGUGUCGCGCGCCGGCGACCGGGCAGGAGAAGGCAGGCGGACAGAGCAGUGA